GUGUGAUUGACUUCAUAAUAAGGCAAAUACUUAUCCAACUCCUCGGCCUAACCAGGCGAUGCAGCGCACAAUGGCCAUGGCCCCUGGGGCUGGGGGCGACCGGAGAGGGAUGGCGGUGCAAUGACUGGAUAUUGAACGAUUCUCGGUGGAAGAUUAAUAUGCACCAUGCUAAUCAUGUCCUGAAUAAGAACAUCAAUCUACUCGUAUGCGGCAUGAAUUGGUUAAACCGGUUCAGCGGCAGGAUUGACUCCAAUCUCACACUCAUAUCCUUUGGGAAUGAAUCCUCGAUGAGAGGCGAAUGUUUAGAUAUGUCGCGUGCCUUUUUCCUUCAUUCGAUAACGGACAAGAUUUUGGCCAAUGCUAAUAUUAGCGAAAUGAGAAGUAUGCGUGGAGAUGCUGUAAAUAUUGUGUGUACUUCUUGGAUCAAUUUUGUAGCGUCGCUUGUCAUUUACAAGUUGUGGUGACUACAGUACUGGCUGAACACAUGACGAUCCAAUAGUAUCACAUUCGGCACCGGCGCCAAACGCGGCCUUCUGUCUGAGCACUGAUUGUCUGCCCCUGAAACACCGAUGUUCGUGGUCGCCCCGUCGACGCCGCGUGAGGUCGGCGCCGACGGCGAGGACCCGGCAUCUCCGCCGGCCGAGUCGGCGCCGCCGUCACCGCCGGCGGCGGACGCGUCCAGUGGCGCCGAGCUGGCGCGCCAGCAGCAGCGCGCCCAGCUGCUGCUGCUGCGCAACAUCGUGCCGCUGCUGGUCGGCUACGUCACAGAGACGGCUGAGGUGGGGCGCGACGAGCACGGCCGCUGGCACGGCACGGGCACCGUGCUGCUGCGGCGCGGCCAGCGCUACGAGGGCCGCUUCGAGCACGGCCUGCUAGAGGGCUGUGGCACGCUGACCUGGCCCGACGGCACCCAGUACUCUGGCGAGCUGCGGCGCAGCGCGCUGCGCGGCCGCGGCACCUACCGCUGGCCGAACCGGUGCCAGUACAGCGGCCAGGUGUGCUGCGGCCGCCGGCACGGCUACGGCGUCUUCUCACACCCGUCCGGCUACGGCUACCUGGGCGCCUGGGACCACGGCGCUAAACACGGACAGGGAAAGAUGUUCUUCGGCUCAGAGAAAAACAGCGUCUACGAGGGCGAGUGGAAGAACAACCAGCGUGAGGGCUAUGGGGAGCGCAUCUACCCGUCGGGCAACAACUACUCUGGGUACUGGUCGGGCGGCCGGCGCGAGGGCCACGGCACCAUGCGCUGGUACCGCUGGGCCUUCUACCUGGAAAUCUACGAGGGAGAGUGGAAGAACGGCCUCCAGCACGGCCAGGGCCGGCACGAGUGGCAGACGCACCAGCUGGAUCCCGUCCAGCACCCGCGGUUCAACACGUACACGGGCUCAUUCCGCAACGGCGAGCGUCACGGCAGCGGCGUGUUCCACUACAGCUCGGACGCCACCUUCACCGGCCGCUGGGCGCACAACCUCAAACAGGGCACCGGACACUACGUGGACGUCGUGCAGACCACCACCACGCAGGACUUUAUCGACGACAAGGUGAUGUACGUGUGUGAGACGAGCGAGGAGACGGGCACCACCAUGUGCGUCUACAGCGACCUGCGCGACUUCGAGCACCUGCUGAAGCCCACCUACCAGCUGGACACGUCGCCGCUGCUGGCCGGCCUGCCGGAGCCGCAGCGCGCCGCCGUGGCCGACCAGGUGUGGACCGUGCUGCGGCGGCACAUCUCCGAGCUGCGCCGCAUCUACAGCUACUACAGCCGGCUGGGCACCGCCGACCUGCAGGCCGCCACCUACGCGGCCAUGACCCAGCUGCAGUGGUGGCAGAUGAUGCGCGACUGCGACGUGCACGUGUCCGGCCUGCCGGCAGACGUGCUGAUGGGUAUCCCGAUGCUGGCGUGCGGCACGGGCCACCCGCUGGCCGUGGUGCACUUCCACGAGUACCUGCUCAUGUUCCUGCUGCUGGCCGACGUUCUGUACACCACCGAGGAGGACUGGCAGCUGGCGGAGCGCGUCGGACGCUUCAUCGAACAGGUGGUGCUGGUGCGCGACGCGCGCACGGUGACCGGCCUGGUGCUGACGCUGCCGCUCAGCCGGCGGCCGCGGCCGGCGCUGCUCGAGCAGCUGUAUGACGACUUCCAGCAGCAGCAGCCGGCCACGGUGCGCAGCGCGGUGCGCCGACUGGGCACGGGCCGCGUGCCGCAGUUCCCGGCCGUGCGCGCCAGUCUGAUCCUGCGCGCGGCGCGCCGCGUCGUGCCGCUCAUGGUGGUGGAGGACCAGCUGGACACGGAGCUGGAGCUCACCUUCAUCGACUACUGCGAGCUACUGCUGCAGGCGCGACAGCUGCACUGGGAGCAGCCGGCGGCGCGCGCCGGCCGGCCGCGACGCGCGCGCCAGUACCGCCGGCCGGCGCGGCCCAUCUACGAGCGCUACGUGCCCACGUACGCGCUGCUGCAGUACCGGCAGCGGCUGCUGGCGGCGCUGCGCGACCUGGCCGCGCCGCCGCCCCGCCGGCCGGCCGCCGGCAAGGGCGCCAAGCACGCCGACAAAAAGUCCAGCACGGGCACCCAGCUGCAGAAGGACAGGAACCGGGUCUCUAGCGUCCGAGUCCGGAAACUCUGAAAAGGACCCGAUGUCCGCCGAGAGUGCCCCACGCCUUGGCAGAAAGAAGCGGAAAAGACGGGGCCAGCUGCCCUGGAAAGUCAUUUCCAUACAGUCGGGUAGCAAAGUUGGUCAAACAAAUGCUUACUUUUUGUUACCGUCUCAACUUGGGCCUGGGUUUGUAUUGUUUGGCUCGAAAGGAUGGUUUGUGACCAGUGAACAGAAGAAAUGCCUUAGUUUGUUGUCAUUUAGCUGACGUUAACUGCGACAGUUAGAUGAAAGAUACACUGAGUCGGAGCUCGAA